AUGUCUGUCGAGGUGACGCUCGGCACACCCCUCGCCGAGGCCCUCCACACGGCCAUCCAAGGCAAGAUCGCAGACCUUGAAUGGGCUGGCCCUGGCGCCGAAGGUUCCGCCAUGGCUGAGUACUUCUUACUCAUGCUCGCCAACGGAAAGACGGAGUCCGAGAUUGCUGGUGAAAUUUCCGGCGACCUGCUUGGACUCGGCCCUGAGGACCAAACCGCCCCCCGAUUCGCAAAAUGGCUCUUCGAACAGAUCGAAACGCUCAGCGCACAGUUAGGCACUGGGCAAACGCAACCCGCCGAUACCAUGGACGGAGCCAAGGAUGAGUCGAUGGAUGGUUCUCUUGACGUCAACAUGGAUACUAGGUCCGACGCACCAGCUACCGCUCUCAAUGCACCUACAGGACCUAAGGCGAUGCGGAAUGGCAACAUCCGUGGGGGCCGGGAGAAGCGUAUCGUGGGUCAGAUCAACAGGGCGUUGGAUCGGACACAGGAUUCGGUCCUUCACCGGGUCCGCACACAAUCCGGCAACGAGAGGAUCGGGCGAGGUCCGCCAGCUGGGCCGAGGAUGGGUGCUGGCAGGCAGCCGCGGACGAACAUGGCUCGCGCCACGAACAUUGCGGCCGGCCUAGCAAACAUGGGCGGCAUGCACGCGGGUCCUAUGGGCAUGAACGGAGCGGUCGGAAUGAACCCAAUGAAUGGCGGCGGUUUUGCGCAAGCCGACAUCAUCGCUAUGAUGGAGCAACAGAACCUCAUGCUGCAGCAGAUGCAGCAACAGCUCCUGAUGCAGCAGCAGCAGAACGGGAUGACGCGCCGGGGCGGGCACGGCCCGGGCAAGCACCAGUUUGAUCGGAAUGGCAGGCCAAGCCAGUUUCGGCGUGGCGGAGCGCAUCCUCAGCAUAACGGACACGCUGAGCAGCAACAGCAACAUGCAGCGGAAGGAAGUCAGCCUGAGGGAGCCUCCCCGGCCGAUGUCGAGAUGACAGGGGCAAAGCGGGAGCCACCAAACCCCGACGAGACGGUCUGCCGGUUCAAUUUGCGCUGCCAAAACAAGGACUGCAAAUUCGCCCAUCAGUCGCCUGCAGCGCCGCCGGGCAUCACUAUCGACGUCAAGGACGUCUGCAGCUUCGGUGUGGCUUGCAAGAACCGAAAGUGUGUUGGCCGCCAUCCAUCACCGGCUACCAAGGUGGCACACCAAAGCGAGCAAGACUGCAAGUUCUUCCCGAACUGCAUAAACCCGAACUGCCCAUUCCGGCAUCCGGCUAUGCCCCCGUGCCGCAAUGGCGGCGAGUGUAAGGUGCCGAACUGCAAGUUCACCCACGUUAAGACCCCUUGCAAGUUUCACCCGUGCACGAACCGCACCUGCCCCUUCAUGCACGAAGAGGGACAACGGGGCACUUUCCAGGAUAAGGUCUGGACGGCAAACGAGGGAUCGAAGGAGCAUGUCAGCGAGAGGAAGUUUGUGAAUGAGCAAGCUCCCGAGGAUGUCGUCCUGCCCGGGUCGGGCGAGCACACAACGGAUGCUGGCGUCCCAGAGGUCGUCAUGUAA